AUGGCCAGUUCUAGCCCAGAAGAAAGAAACAGCCCUCCACCCCCCCCUCCACCCCCUCCACCCUCAAACCCAUCCUCAAAGAUAUCUCCCUACGUCCUGAAGCUCAGGAGCGCACCCCCCGAUUAUUUCUACCAGCCCCCAAAGAAGCCACAACCCGUCGAUUUCUUCGCCGCACCCACUGGCCCUUACUUUUUCUACGGCACAUUAACAGAUUCGUUAAUGAUCUCCGAGAUUCUCGAGCUAGAGGAGGAACCAAAACUGCAGCCUGCAUACAUUCUGGGUUACGAAUGUAAAAUGUGGGGUCAAUAUCCUGCCCUGAUGGAUUGUCCGGGCUCGGUGGUUGAAGGAGCAGCGUAUCAUGUUCAAACUACGCAGGAUGCAGAGAGACUUGCUGCGUAUGAGACUGACAACUAUCGUGCCGAGCAUUGUCUCAUCAGAUACACGGAUGGCAAGGAGCCGUCUGAGGAACUGGGGUACACGUUCAAAUUUGUUGGGGCCCUGAGCGAAUUGACCGAGGGCGAGUUUGACCUCAAGGUCUGGUUGAGACGGGUGGGAAGACAUGCUGCGGCUGAUAAGUUGCACUGCUAA